AUGGAGCAAACCAACAAGAAACACUUGCUUCCCGGCUUCAAUACAGCCUUUCCGACGCAGUUCGCCGGUUUGUUGUUGUUUUUCAUUGUUUAUUUCAGAAAUUUUUUUUUCUUUCUUAACCUAUAAAUCCUUAUAAUUGAUAUCGUGCGCUAAACGUUGUUACAAUUUUUUUUUCAUUUUUUAAAACACGCAUUUUUAAAAUUUUUUCAAACUGAAUGAAAAUGUGAAAUUCUUAUUCUUUUGUUGUAACAAAUUCGUGGUAGAGUGAUCGCUGAUAUUAUUACCCGAGGAAUCGAAAAAAAUCGAAAAUAUUGCACCAACGUGAGAAAAUUUUCCUUUUUCGAAUAAUCAAAUUUAUACGUGAGAAACUUUUUCUUUCUUGUCUAUAAUCAAGUUUAUUUCGUUUUAAUAUGAGGAUUUUUAAAAAUAACAGAAAUCAUGAACCGAAAUUCCAUAAAAACACAAAAGAUUUAUCAAAACGACAAGAUAUCAAGAUGACCUUUUUGUAAUCUUUUCAUGAGGAUGAGUAACUUUUUAAUCUCUUUGAAGACCUUUGCAACUUUUUUUCAAAUAACGCAUUUUUUUCUCUUAAAGCUUGUCUUAAAAAAAUCUAAAACUAUCCGUUUGAUAAUAAAAAAAUUUUAAUCCGAUAAAUUUUUAAAAAAAUCUUUGGUUUUAUUUUUUUGAAAAAAAUUUUUUUCAAGCGUUCAAAAAAAGAAAAAAAUGAUUUUUUUGGAAAAAAACAAGCGAAGAUUUUUUUGGUGUUAAAACAUGAAGAAGUUUUUUUCAAAAAAAGUUUUUUUGAAAUUUACGUUUUGCCAUAUUUCUUUGAAAAACAGAAAAAAAUUUCUGAAUGCUCUCAAAAUUUUUUUGUGAAAAGUUUUUAAAACACGUAGUUCAAUGAAAAAAAUAAAAUUUUUCAAGAUGAAUUUCCUGACUGGAAUAUUUCAGGUUUACAAAACCAGGGAACAAAUGCGUUCAUGUCAACUCUCCAAACUCUGCAAAUGCAGAACUUGGCUUCAUCUUCAAAUUUCACAGCCGCAGACAUGAGCCAAUGGCAGCAGAGUUCAUCUCAAGCUCAACAGACUUGGAUAGACCCUGUAUGUUAUUUGUUAUUUAUUUGUAUUUUGUUCUGAGAAUUUCAGGCAAAAGUCGCUGCGAUGCUUCCAAUGUAUGCCAACUGUUUCCCUGCUAUGAAAACGUAAGAUUUUUUUUAAUUUUUUAAUUUUUUUCUUCUAUAAAUAUACCCACAACUUCCAAAUUUUUUUCGCAGAUCAAUUUUGAAAUGCAAAACCAACGCGGUUCUUGGGGAUUUUAUUAUAUUUUUCAAAUCUAGUAAAUUUUCAGAUCAAACACCCAAAACGAUUUGAAUCAAUUCAUUCAACAAAACGGCACCUACGACACCAAUGCCUUGCAAUACGAUUCCACGCAAGGCUCAAUUUUUCCGACUCAAGCCAACAUCAACUCCUUAACACAGCAGAACGCCGCAGGCUCAUCUCAACAGACGACUCUACAAAGUUCUUCCCUGUUUCAGGUAAUACGCUUAAGUUUCUUGGUUUUGUAAUAUUGGGAAGCUAAGUUUUAUAGGUUUUCUAAUCGAUCUAUUGAUAUUGUUAUUAGAAAACUAUAUUUCAGGGUUUUUCCGGAUUAUAUUUAGUAUAUUCUAAAAUCAUUCAAUGCCCUGGUCUCUCGAGAAGCAAUCAUUGAUUAAAAAAUCCGUAGUUUUCCUUUUUUUGGGCUCUCGGGGUACAUGGACGUAAAUAAAUAAAAUUUUUCAAACAGUAAUGUUGGUUACAAUUCUAGUACAUUUUUCCCAGGCAGACUGGAAUGGAUUUUUUGUUUAUGAAAUAGGAGCCGAAUACCUCCAAUAAACAAAUUUUUACCUGUCAUUCAAGCAAUUUCAAGCUUGAGACGCCAGAUUAAACUUCAUCCAAAGCGCCAUUUUUGUAAAUCCGCAAAUUCUGAUUAAAAAUCCGCAAAUUCUGAUUAAAAAUCCGCAAAUUCUGAUUAAAAAUCCGCAAAUUCUGAUUAAAAAUCCGCAAAUUCUGAUUAAAAAUCCGCAAAUUCUGAUUAAAAAUCCGCAAAUUCUGAUUAAAAAUCCGCAAAUUCUGAUUAAAAAUCCGCAAAUUCUGAUUAAAAAUCCGCAAAUUCUGAUUAAAAAUCCGCAAAUUCUGAUUAAAAAUCCGCAAAUUCUGAUUAAAAAUCCGCAAAUUCUGAUUAAAAAUCCGCAAAUUCUGAUUAAAAAACCGCUAAUUCUGAUCAAAAAACCGCUAAUUCUGAUCAAAAAUCCGCUAAUUCUGAUCAAAAAUCCGCUAAUUCUGAUCAAAAAACCGCUAAUUCUGAUCAAAAAACCGCUAAUUCUGAUCAAAAAACCGCUAAUUCUGAUCAAAAAUCCGCUAUUUCUGAUCAAAAAACCGCUAAUUCUGAUCAAAAAACCGCUAAUUCUGAUCAAAAAAAAUCCGCUAAUUCUGAUCAAAAAACCGCUAAUUCUGAUCAAAAAACCGCUAAUUCUGAUCAAAAAACCGCUAAUUCUGAUCAAAAAACCGCUAAUUCUGAUCAAAAAACCGCUAAUUCUGAUCAAAAAACCGCUAAUUCUGAUCAAAAAUCCGCUAUUUCUGAUCAAAAAUCCGCUAUUUCUGAUCAAAAAACCGCUAAUUCUGAUCAAAAAUCCGCUAAUUCUGAUCAAAAAACCGCUAAUUCUGAUCAAAAAUCCGCUAAUUCUGAUCAAAAAUCCGCUAAUUCUGAUCAAAAAACCGCAAAUUCUGAUCAAAAAUCUGCUAAUUCUGAUCAAAAAUCUGCUAAUUCUGAUCAAAAAUCUGCUAAUUCUGAUCAAAAAUCUGCUAAUUCUGGCUUCUUUUGAAAUUCCCGAAUUCAUCAAGUUUUCUUGUUUUCUUAUCAUGAGUAAAAACUACAAAAAAAGUUGGAAUUUCAAGGUCAAGAAUUAAACUUUCCGAGGUUAAAAAACGCAACUGUUUCAGGAAGCUCAAAUGAACUUGAUCACUUCGGCACCUUCCACCUCAAACCACAAUGAUAUUCUGGACACCGCGGUCCAACUGCACAAUUUAUUCAACCUCCAGCCCCAGGAGGCCGCGCAGCUGCAACAGUCCGUCCUGCAGCAGACUCUGCAACCAGAUCUCCUGAAUCAAACUCUCCUCCAUCAGCCCGUAUCUCAACACCUUUCUCAACAAGCGGCGCAAUCGCAGGAAGAAAUUCGAUUGCAACUGCAGCAAGCCGUUCAGAACAUCGUCCAACCGAAUGUCUCGUUAUCUGCUCCAGUAGUUCCAGCCCCAAAAGCUUCUUUUGGACCCUCCUUGCAGUUUUCCUUGCCACAGCCGUCGCUGUCAAAAGCUUCUACUUCUGUUAAUGACUCCUUGGGCAUGGCUCAGCUCCGACUGGGCAACGGCACUCUGGCCAGACCAACUCCCAAUUGUGCCGAAAUCAGCGCUGCCGUCGACGACUGGCUGAACCAAAUGAACGGCGAAGUCAGCCAGAAAAGUGUCGCACCCGAAGCUGAGGAAGUGAAGAAAGAGCCCGAUGAAUCUAAGCACGUCGAUGAUCUCUUUUUGUGAGUGCUUUCAAUUUAAUUAAAAAUGUAAAACAAGCCCAAAAAAAUAGCAACGAUCUCCCCGACGUAGUAGAAAUCUCGGACUUAUCAAAAAAAUUCUCAAGGAAUUUAGAAAGUUAUUUAAAGCACUAUAUAUAAACAAAGAAACGUUUUAGAGAUAUGAAAACUGUUCUGAAAUAUUUUCCCAAAGGCUUGCGCGAAUAAUUCUGCAGCUAAUCUGUUGGCUCUCAGGGUUUAUCAUAAACCCGAUGAAUGUAGCGACAGAGAGUUUCGCCUUUUUUCCAGGUUUCCUGCUUUAUUUCUUCCUCACGAUAUGCUUUUUUUUCCAUCAAUACAACUUCACUCAACAGCUAGUUUCCCAUUUAAUCGAAAAAUUUCAGUUCGAAUCAACCACAGGACGACGUCGUGGAUACGUUAUUCACCAUGGUCGAUCCCAUCAGUGACGUUUCUUCCAACCUUUUCGAUAUGACUGCUUCUUCCAGCGCACAAGCCCCUCUCAGUCCAGUUCAGGUGAACUUAUUUCUAAAUGCAAGUCAGUAACAUAGUUUCUAUUUCAGUUUACGCCUCCUGAUUCUCCAACUGGGAUUCUAACCAACGCUGAACUUUUUGGUAUUCCAACUCCAAAAAAACUGGUUCAAAACUGUGCUCCAAGUACUUCGGGAAUCAGUGCAACUAAAACAAUCGUGCAUGGUGAUUCAUCACGAAAAAAAAAAUAAAUCCAAGCUUUUUUCAGAAAAUCCACCACAAAGCUCUUUCAAAAUACCUGAACUGCCACCUGCAAUGAAACCGAAAAAAGAUCCUAUUUAUGCAAGAACUGUUGUCAAAAGCACCAAGGUAAGGACUGAAUGUUCUUCUGAAAACUCAUUGAGAACUCAGGUUCCUGUCUACAAACAAAGGAUGAGUGCGUUUACCGCUACAAAACCCGAUGAUAAGAAAGAAGGUAUGAAGUCUAAAAUUUUCCGAAAAGGUUCAAAGAAUUUUUGUUCAAGACAAAGAAGACGAGUACUCAUUCGAUGACGAAGAAGCUGGUCCGUCGCUUCUGCCUCUUCUGAAACAAAAGGAGCCAGAGGUUAUCAACCAGCCAGGGAUUACUUGAAAAUUAUGUUUUCCAGGCCAUACUCAGCUCCGAGUCUCGCAGUAAAUAUGUUCCUGGAAUCGGUUUCGCCAUCACUGUGGAUGGAUCAACGGUGAGACUUGACUGAACAUGAUUUUUUAAAUGAAUCGAUUUUUCAGGAGGGGAACAAAACAGGAAAACGUCGCACUUAUGGAGAGCGUCAUAACACUACCGGCCAAUAUUUGCAACAGAUUUCGGAUUCUCAUCACCAAGGUUGACCUUACUCCGAAAAUUGUUUCUUAAUCUGAAGUUCCAGCCCGAGUCGUGGAUCCCGAUUUUGUGACGCUUGCCGAGCAAAUUCGUAGGAGAAAUAAUCAGCGUUUGGCCUGCACUUUCCUGACCCCAGAACUCAGUAACAGCACUGAAUGCGCCAAAGAAGUCGGGAAACCAACGUAUGUUUUCAUUUCGGAAUCCCUGAAAAUAGUUUGCUUCAGAAGUCUCCACCCUCCGCUUCCAAAGUUGAUCAUCAAAAUUCAAAGAAAAGCAUCCGAAGUUGAAACGAAACCUCUGACAAAGAAUGGGAAGAAGCGAGGUCGUCGGAAGAAGAUUGUGGAAAGCGACGAAGAUGAUGACAGUGACUGGGAAGGCAGUGCUCCAAAGAAACGAGGUCGUAGAGGCCGCAAAAGCACGGAAAAGUGAGUACACUAGGGGUUUUUUUCUUAAUAAUACGCCAUUUUCAGAUUCAGCUACGAAGUGAAACUCGUGGAGAAGCCUCGGGAACCUUUGGACAGCUUGGACUCUUGGGAUCGGGUACAGAAUACUGGUUCGUUCAUUUUUCAACUAGAAGUUUGAUAAAAGAAAAAGAAAAAAAGUGCGUUUUGGAAUCCAAUAGUAGAGGUAAAAAUAGAAACCUAGUUUACAAAUGUUCUUUCUUGCUGCCUUUACAUUUUUGAGGCAUUCCGACUCGAACAGACAGGAGAAGCCAAAUUAGAUUAAGCUUCAGAAACAAACUUAUCCUUGAAUUUCGAGUCACUUUGGGAAAUUUGGACCGCCUUUCUCAGAGAUAUGGGCAAUAUCAUUUUUUUUAUUUCAGGAAAUAAAAGAGGUCUGAAAGACUCCCGCCUUGGGGCCAACAACCAAGUGGUUUCGACGGACUCAGUUCGCUAUCGACUGAGUAAAUUUGGUUCGGCGGAGGGACACUUGCCGGUAAGAAAAACUUUCCUAAGCACUAAUAAUAAUCAAGUUUUUUGCAGAAAGGGACUUUCGUAGUGAACAAAGCAGAUGUUCUCAAACCGGACUGUGCUCUCUGGAAAGUGGACAAUCAGAAUCUUCUCCAGAAAUUCCCACCUCGACUAGAUCAUGCAUCAAAAGGAACAGUCUACAAGAACAGCAGUACUGUAAGUUAGGAUUUUUUUUAAACCUCGAAGAAAAAAUUCUAAGCAAACAAAGUCAAAAAAAAAUUGUUGAUUUAUCUAAGAGUAAUGAAAAACUUGGAAAAAGUAAAAUAAAAUUCCCCAUUUUUCAAAGUGGAAUUUUUUUGAUGUUUUAAAAAGGAUACUUAAUCGGAAUGUUGCAAAUCAAUCGAAAAAAAUACACUUAUGGCAAAAAUUCUGAAAAUGAAAUUAUCAAGUUUCAAAAAAAGUCCAUCCAAUUCAUAACUUUUUCCGAACUGCUUUCGAUUGUCAAUGUUUUUCGAAAAAAAUUGAUUAUCCCUCAAACAGCAAAAAUUUAAGAGACACCUGAAUCAAUUAAAAACCAAACUAAAAGAAAAAGAAAGCUGUAAAAAACUCAAUAAUGAAAAGAUGAAUUUCCUGUUUCAGUACUCCGGCUGGUGCGAGCAAAUAUCCUCGCAUUACUACCGCGUUUCUGUUCGCGUUAUCAAACAGUCCCGAUCUGAGACCAUAAUCGUGCCGGAGAUUCCUUUGCAAGAGCUUUUUCCAGCCAUGUCUACGGAAUGCUUCGACUCUAGUGAUUCUUAUGGUUACACAGGUGCCACAAAACUUCCUAAUUUCUUAGAGGAUGUUUUUAUUUUCAGAGCCAUCCGUGAAACAUGUUGACGAGAGCAUCAUGUUACGAGAUCCGCUGAAAGAAGCUCUUCACACCUACACUCAGGCCGUACUCACCCACGCAAUCAAUCUCGAAUAUCUCCAAGUGAUGGAACAGAAAAAUGGUGACAUUUAUAACCGAACAAAUAAAUAAUUUCGUUUUUUUCCUCAGACUGGACGUUUUUGAGAGCGGUCACUGACAUCGACAAGGUUAAUGAAGAAAUGGUCUCGAAAAUCCGCGACCAUGUCAAACUCGGGAACAAAUACGAUGACACGUUGAAGGAGUACAUUCAUCUGGUUAUAAGCGAAAACGAAUACUUCUCGAGUUGCUGUCAAGUUGGUUUUUCAAAAUUGAACGAAUAAUAUCACUUAAAAAAAUACAUUGUUGAAACUUUCUGGGCUCAGGAACUGACAAGUAAGGGUAAUCUUUCAUUUUUCGUACUGUGAAAAGUUAAAGCUUGCACCGUCAAGGAGUAGAAGAAAUAGAAAAAUAACAAAAAAAGCUCAAUUUUUGAUUCUCUUGAUUUGAAUUAUUUUUCAUAGUUCAUUCCCCAUUGGCUUGCGAUGAAAUCAAGAAUAUUAUCCGCAAUUACUUUUCCCUGCGCCUUCAAAAGUCGCAAAUACUUAUCAAAUAAAUUAUAGAUGGAUUAUUUUUUUGAGUGGCUAAAAAAAUAUCAGCAAAUAAACAAAAGUUUAAAUACAAGAGUUUUUUUAAACGACGAGCUACGAAAAAUCAGAUCUUUCCAGUCAAAACUCGAUGGUCUCUUUUUGACUGAAAGUUUCUAUCAAAUAAAAUGUGCGGAGUCUUACAAAAUCAAAAUCGGAUAAUUUAAAAUGUUUUUUCAAAAAAAGAAAACCUUUAAGAAUCGUUCACUAGGAGAAAUAAUAAAAGAAUAAAUUUAGGCAUGCGGAAAAAGGAACGCGCAAAAAAUCGCUCAUUUGUUUUGUCGAAUGAAGUACGAUGCCAAAACUCUACAACUGGAAAAUGAAAAGGACAAAAAAGACGAGAAAGACGAAAAAGACAAAAAACCCGAAAAAGAAAACUCGGGCGAGAAACCCGCCGUUGUGAGUUUUUAAUGGAAAAUGCUGAUUUCGUGAAUAUUUCAUCAACUUUUCAGGAAAUUAUGAUGUGCGAGACUUGUGCAAACGCUUUCAAAUAUCUCCACCGAAUGCAUCACAUCAAACUGCACCUCCUCAAACGAUGUGAAGACAGGGUGAGAUAAUCGGAUUGUAUUGAUUAUUUUACUUAAUUAGGAAGGUAAUCAAUAAUCACCAUUUUCUGGUCUUUUUUUUGAUAUCUAUGCAUGGAAAUUCUUAAAAAACAUUUUUGAAUUUGCUUAAAGAAAAAUAAACUUCUUUGACUUCCAAGAAAAAAAUCGACCAAGACCAUGCAAAAACUAGAAAAUAUUUUUCGUUUUUUAACUUUCUAAAUAAUUCAAAAAGUGCUAUGAUGUAUGUUGAUAGUUUUUCAAUGCAGUACAUGAAAAUACAUAUUUAAGAUAAUUUUUUUCAUUACAAGUUUGCAAAAAAAUAAAUACAGUACCGUCAGAAAAAAAUGGGGAAAUUUCGAUUUUUUUAAAAUCAUAACUGUCUUGUAAAAAAACAUCAAAUUUUCUGGAAAGUUCUAUGUCUGUGCUAACUGUCAAUUAAAAAACCAUGAUAGAACUUCAACUUGCAGUAACAAAAAAACAGCUUAGAGUGUUUCAGAAUGAUUUAGCUCCAUACAAGGAGAUUAUGAGUAAAAAUGUUUUCUUAUCUCCUAUGACGAUACUGUAUAUAGAAAUCUUCGAAAAAUAAAAUUUCAGCUGGAAGGAAAUUAUUAUUCUGUUUAAGAGGUUUAUUGCAGCUGGAGUUCUGGGGUACACGACAUCCCGAAUACACGCCGGAAAAAGUCCUGGACACGGUUCGAAAGGAUCGUCCAUGGCUCCACGCCUUGAUCUCAGAGUACGCGGAUAUGUGGCGACGAAUCCGGCUCGAAUACUAAUUAUUGCACUUGUUUUGUAGUUGUCCCACACGAUCACCUCAGCAGGAAAUUAUUUCAUUUCCACUAGCUUCUUGAGAGAGAAUUCAAAUCAAAAAAAUUGUUUUUCAAUCAAUUUUUAUGACCUCAGUUCAGCUUCUUAAAAAGAUCUAAUAAGUUCUCGUAGAUUAAAUAUGAGUUCGCCAAGAAGAAUGUUUUUUUCUUUGUAUGUUUCUUUUUUCUGCCAUCCUCAUUUAAAGCCAGUAUGCCGUCGUAUGUCUUUUCUAAACCGGUAUAUAGUUUUUUUUCUCUUUUAAUUUUUAAAAACAUGUUUUCUGUAAAUUUGCUUGUGAAUGCGCUUCGUUGUCAUUUUUUAUGUUUGAAAAUGUCGUUUCUUAGGUACAUUCCCACUUUGAUUUCAAACAAAAAUGCCUACCAAAGAACUCACAAGAAGUUUUCCUCACUGUUUCAUUCGUGAAUCUGCCUUUUCUUGGAUUUUUUCCUCAGCCUCCUGCCUUCAAUUGGUUCUAAGUUUGUUUCGCAUUUUUUGUGUUGCUCAGAUCUCAAUUUGUAUUGAGAAUAAAUGAGAUUGUUUCUAAAUUGAACUGGAUUGAUUAAAAAAAAUGAAAUUUUCAUAAAUUUUCGAGAUAUCAUUCUCUUACCUUAUGUACUAUGAAAUGUUCAAUCCAAAAACAUCUAGAAAAAAACUAGUUUUUGUGAUUUGCAAAAUAUGGGCUCUAAAAAGAAAGCUUUUGAUUUUAGUAAAAACUUGAAAACGCGAAAUUAACUUUGAAUAACGUUUCUCAACUAUUAAGCUCAAUCACAAGUUUAAAAAGUUAGCAUUUCAAACAAAAUGUUUAAUUUUUUUAAACAAAAAAACCAAGUUUUUCAAGAAAAAGAAGAAUUUUUAAUUUUUGAAACAAAAAAAUACUUCCUAAAAAAACAGUCUCUCACCGGCGAAAUUUGAUGAUAAGGUUUUGCAACUUUCAACUAUCUUUUGAGCGUUUCGUGAAUGAGCAAAUGCCUCCUCUUCAGGUUCAGCUACGAAGUGAAACUUGUGGAGAAGCCUCGGGAACCUAUGGACAGUUUGGACUCUUGGGAUCGGGUACAGAAUACUGGUUCGUUCAUUUUUUUUUCAACCUCACUGCCAAAGUCGGAAGUGCGGAAAACGGGUGCAAAAAGGGAGUGACUGCAAAAUGGCCGCUAAAAGGGUCCCUUUUCACGGACUUUAUUGAGCCUUUCAUUCUUGGUGGGCUAAAAAGGGUCCUAAAAGGGCGAAAAACGGGAGAGGCCGCAAAAAGGGUAAAGAAAGAGUGAGGGGGUAAAAGGGUUCUGAAGACCUCUGCUAUUGAUGAUUUUCUAUUUUAUUACUGUAGCUUAUUUCGGUUCAUACACAGUCACUUGUAAAGAUUACUCAUAAUUUAAAAAAAAAAUUGUAUUUCUCAAAAGGGUCCAAAAAGAGUGGAUGAAGGCCGAUGAAAUGACGCAAAAAGGCAGUGAAUAGGAAACCUCUGCCACCCGUUUAGGAACAAUUAAUGUAAACACACGGAUCCGUAACGGACGCUCAAAGGGCCCGUGAAGGGUCCUUCCGACUUAUGCUGACGUUUAUAAAAAAAAGUUAAAAAAAAGGUUAACGCUGAAUUGAGCUUCAGAAAUUAAUAGUAGAGGUAAAAAUAGAGACAGGCUCAAAGAACCUAAUUUUCAAAUGUUCCUUCUUGCUGCUUUCCCAUUUUCGAUGCAUUCCGUCUUGAACAGGCAGAAGAAGCCGGAUUGGAUUAAGCUUCAAUUGAAAAACCUAUCUUUAAAUUUCGAGUUGCUUUGGGAUUGUUCUAUUUCAGGAAACAAAAAAGGUCUGAAAGACUCCCGCCGUAUGGCCAACAACCAAGUGGUUUCGACGGACUCAGUUCGCUAUCGACUGAGUAAAUUUGGUUCGGCGGAGGGACACUUGCCGGUAAGAAAAACUUUCCUAAGCACUAAUAAUAAUCAAGUUUUUUGCAGAAAGGGACUUUCGUAGUGAACAAAGCAGAUGUUCUCAAACCGGACUGUGCUCUCUGGAAAAAGGACAAUCAGAAUCUUCUCCAAAAAUUCCCACCUCAACUAGAUCAUGCAUCAAAAGGAACAGUCUACAAGAACAGCAGUACUGUAAGUUAGGAUUUUUUUUAAACCUCGAAGAAAAAUUCUAAGCAAACAAAGUCAAAAAAAAAUUGUUGAUUUAUCUAAGAGUAAUAAAAAAACUUGGAAAAAGUAAAAUAAAAUUCCCCAUUUUCAAAGUGGAAUUUUUUUGAUGUUUUUAAAAGGAUACUUAAUCGGAAUGUUGCAAAUCAAUCGAAAAAAUACACUUAUGGCAAAAUUCUGAAAAUGAAAGUAUCAAGUUUCAAAAAGUCCAUCCAAUUCAUAACUUUUCCAAACUGCUUUCGAUUGUCAAUGUUUUUUCCGAAAAAAUUGAUUAUCCCUCAAAUAGCAAAAAAAAAAUUCAAGAAACACCUGAAUCAGUUGAAACAUAACGGCAAAAGAGAAAACAGUUCAAAACUCAAUGAGAAGAUGAAUUUCCUGUUUCAGUACUCCGGCUGGUGCGAGCAAAUAUCCUCGCAUUACUACCGCGUUUCUGUUCGCGUUAUCAAACAGUCCCGAUCUGAGACCAUAAUCGUGCCGGAGAUUCCUUUGCAAGAGCUUUUUCCAGCCAUGUCUACGGAAUGCUUCGACUCUAGUGAUUCUUAUGGUUACACAGGUGCCACAAAACUUCCUAAUUUCUUAGAGGAUGUUUUUAUUUUUAGAGCCAUCCGUGAAACAUGUUGACGAGAGCAUCAUGUUACGAGAUCCACUGAAAAAAGCUCUUCUCACCUACACUCAGGCCGUACUCACCCUCGCGAUCAAUCUCGAGUACCUCCAAAUGAUGGAACAGAAAAAUGGUUAUAAUUAUAGCAGAACCAGGAAUUAACUUUGUUUUCCUCAGACUGGACGUUUUUGAGAGUGGUCACUGACAUCGACGAGGUCAAUGAAGAAAUGGUCUCGAAAAUCCGCGACCAUGUCAAACUCGGGAACAAAUACGAUGACACGUUGAAGGAGUACAUUCAUCUGGUUAUAAGCGAAAACGAAUACUUCUCGAGUUGCUGUCAAGUUGGUUUUUUUUUCAAAAUUGAACGAUUAAUAUCACUUGAAAGAAUACAUUGUUGAAAUUUUCUGGGCUCAGAAACUGACAAGUAAGGGUAAUCUUUCAUUUUUCGUACUGUGAAAAGUUAAAGCUUGCACCGUCAAGGAGUAGAAGAAAUAGAAAAUAACAAAAAGUUCAAUUUUGAUUCUCUUGAUUUGAAUUAUUUUCAUAGUUCAUUCCCCAUUGGCUUGCAAUGAAAUCAAGAAUAUUAUCCGCAAUUACUUUUUCCCUGCGCCUUCAAAAAGUCGCAAAUACUUAUCAAAUAAAUUAUAGAUGGAUUAUUUUUUUGAGUGGCUAAAAAAAUAUCAGCAAAUAAACAAAAGUUUAAAUACAAGAGUUUUUUUAAACGACGAGCUACGAAAAAUCAGAUCUUUCCAGUCAAAACUCGAUGGUCUCUUUUUUUAACUGAAAGUUUCUAUCAAAUAAAAUGUGCGGUGUCUUACAAAAUCAAAAUCGGAUAAUUUAAAAUGUUUUUUUCAAAAAAAGAAAACCUUUAAGAAUCGUUCACUAGGAGAAAUAAUAAAAGAAUAAAUUUAGGCAUGCGGAAAAAGGAACGCGCAAAGAAUCGCUCAUUUGUUUUGUCGAAUGAAGUACGAUGCCAAAACUCUACAACUGGAAAAUGAAAAGGAUAAAACAGACAAGAAAGACGAAAAAGACAAAAAACCCGAAAAAGAAAACUCGGGCGAGAAACCCGCCGUUGUGAGUUUUUAAUGGAAAAUGCUGAUUUCGUGAAUAUUUCAUCAACUUUUCAGGAAAUUAUGAUGUGCGAGACUUGUGCAAACGCUUUCAAAUAUCUCCACCGAAUGCAUCACAUCAAACUGCACCUCCUCAAACGAUGUGAAGACAGGGUGAGAUAAUCGGAUUGUAUUGAAUAUUUUACUUAAUUAGGAAAUUAAUCAAAAAUACGAUUUUUUUUUUGUUUUUUCCCAAUCCCCAUUACUUCAAAAUAUUAACAAGCAUUUGUGAAUAAGAAAAUAAGUUUCUUUGACUUCCAAGAAAAAAAUCGACCAAGACCAUGCAAAAAAACUAAAAGACAUUUUUUUCGUUUUUUUAACUUUCUAAAUAAUUCAAAAGUGCUAUGAUGUAUGUUGAUAGUUUUCAAUGCAGUACAUGAAAAUACAUAUUUAAGAUAAUUUUUCAUUACAAGUUUGCAAAAAUAAAUACAGUACCGUCAGAAAAAAAUGGGGAAAUUUCGAUUUUUUUUAAUCAUAACAGUCUUGUAAAAAAAUCAAAUUUUCUGGAAAGUUCUAUGUCUGUGCUAACUGUCAAUUAAAAAACCAUGAUAGAACUUCAACUUGCAGUAACAAAAAAACAGCUUAGAGUGUUUCAGAAUGAUUUAGCUCCAUACAAGGAGAUUAUGAGUAAAAAAAUGUUUUUCUUAUCUCCUAUGACGAUACUGUAUAUAGAAAUCUUCGAAAAAUAAAAUUUCAGCUGGAAGGAAAUUAUUAUUCUGUUUAAGAGGUUUAUUGCAGCUGGAGUUCUGGGGUACACGACAUCCCGAAUACACGCCGGAAAAAGUCCUGGACACGGUUCGAAAGGAUCGUCCAUGGCUCCACGCCUUGAUCUCAGAGUACGCGGAUAUGUGGCGACGAAUCCGGCUCGAAUACUAA